GUGCCGGUUGGCUUUGCUCAAGCGCGCUGUGUCCCUCCACUUAGGUGGCUGCUUGGAGAUCGGUCUUCUGGGCAGUGAGGCUGGCGGGACUCGCUUUGUGCUGCUAGAUCAAACGUGGAACAACAGCCCCGCACUAGACAGACAUCACCGAUCAUGGCUGAGGGAGAUGGCCUCAUUUCAGUGGAUUAUGAAGUGUUUGGGAAAGUCCAGGGGGUGUUUUUCCGCAAACACACACAGGCUGAAGCAAAAAAGCUGGGAGUGGUUGGCUGGGUCCAGAAUACUGACUAUGGCACUGUGCAAGGACAAAUCCAAGGCCCUACUGUCAAGGUGCGAAAGCUUCAAGAAUGGCUUCAGAAGACAGGAAGUCCCAAGUCCCACAUUGACAGAGCUGAAUUCCGCAAUGAGAAGAAGAUUGCUCAUCUAGAGCAUAGGGACUUUUGCAUUGUGAAAUAACUAAGCCCAACAGGAGCAAGCUCAAGACUUAUGGAAAUAGUCAUAAGCCAUUACCUAAGAGGAAAGCCUUUCCUUCAGUUUUCUUUUUAAAUUUUGUUGUUCACAUGUAGAGAUCUCUUCUGUUUUAAGUGUUAUUUAUUUACAUUAUAUUGUUUUUACAUUUAAUGUUAACAUAUAGGCAGAUUCGCUGACCUAAGAAUUUGAUGAGCUAAUGCGCUAGCUAUUAAUAAAUUGCAUAGGUGUAUCACAUCCAAAAAUAUGUUCAAAACUCAGAUGGAAGCACUGGAAGACUGUGAGUGAGCUAUGUUGUAAGUUUUGUUCAGGGGUUUUCUUAUUUUUAGGUCCCAUGCUAUAUAAAUUAGUGCUUUAUUGUA